UAAGGGGUUGUAGGGGUGGGGUUUGAGUAGCGCCGUUCUAACUUUGUCUGUAAGGGAUGUGAAGCUGUUGGAUGUGGAGUUACUAACAUCGUGGUGUUAGGCUUUUUCGGGAUUUUGUCGAGCUUCUGUGCUGUAGUCGUUCAAUGGAGUUGAGUUAGUCGGCACAAGUCAUUUGAUUUGAGGCACAUCUUCAGGCGGUGUCAUGAUGUCUUUCCAAGUGCUUGGCUUUGUUCUGGUGAGAGAGAGAGGGAUAUGGAGAGGAACAUAGUCUUCAUGGAUUGAUUUGGCAUGUAACCUGGAAGCUAAGAAAUGGUGUGAAAUAUCUCACUAAUGCAGCUCAGAAAACUAAUGCCGGUUCAUUAUGUGUUACUGGACAUUACUGAUCCUUUUCAUGACCUUGCAGGACGCCUGUCCUACAAGAGACGGCAAAAGUGAAAUCUUUUCCCGAAAUGGAACUAUAUUUAACCACUUGGCACUGUGGUCAGAAUAUGGAACAGUGUAUGUUGGAGCCACAAACUACCUCUUUCAACUUGCAUCUGACUUGACUCUUAAGACUGAAGUGAAGACUGGACCUGUUCUGGACAGCAAGGAAUGCCUGCCACCAGUAAUACCAACUGACUGCUCAACAGCACACAAUGCUGAUAACUACAACAAGCUGCUUCUAGUCAGUCCUUAUAGGAAGGAACUGAUUGUAUGUGGAAGUGUUCUCCAGGGUAUCUGUGAGAAAAGGGAAUUGGAGUUGAUCAGCAACAUAGUAUUCAAGUCAGAACGACCUGUGGAUACACAGUAUGUGGCAGCCAAUGAUCCCCAUGUCACCACUGUGGGACUGAUUGGAUUGUCAAAUAACAUUCCUCUUUUGUUUGUAGGACGAGGGUACACAAGCAAAGGAGCUGGUGGGAUACCUCCCAUAACUACACGCAAUGUUGAGCCAUUGAACAGUAAUCCUGAUAAUCUGGAUUCUCACUACAUUUUUUCUUAUGAAGACACCGCCAAGCUUGCAGUUGUAGGACGCCUUUCAGAAUAUAAUCAUCAUUUUGUUAAGUCCUUCAUACAUAAAUCAAGUGUUUAUUUUUUGUUCUACCGCAGAGAUUUGAAGUCGCCAUCAAGGGAGUAUAGGACGUAUGUGUCACGAUUUUGUCUCGAUGAUUCCCAUUAUUAUUCUUACAUUGAGCUCCCAUUAAGUUGUGGAUCUGCAGAGAAGAACUACAAUGUGCUGCAGGCUGCUUAUGUUGGAAGGCCUGGGUAUGAUCUGGCUUCUGGAAAGCUACAGGGAGAUGUUCUUUUUGCUGCUUUUGCAACAUUGCAGAUGCCAUCUGGCAAACCAAGUGAGGAAUCAAUACUUUGUAUGUACACAUUAGAGAAGGUAGAUGUCAUGCUUAAUGAAACACGGGAUAUAUGUUACACAAAAGAGGGGAAAUCUGAUAAUGGACCUGAAGUAUCGUAUAUUGAGUAUGAUGUCAAGUCCAACUGUGUCACUUUACCAUCAGAUACUUUGGAUGCCUAUCCCUGUGGAUCAGACCACACUCCUAGCCCAAUGGCCAGUCGGGUGCCGCUGGAGGGUGUGCAAGUCUUGGAAAGCCCAGAUGCUCGUCUGACAGCUGUGGUUGCCACAGUGGAACAGAAACAUACCAUUGCAUUCCUGGGAAAUAGCAAAGGACAGCUGUAUAAGGUGUAUCUGAGUGCUACAGGAGAGGGAAGUAUAUACAACACAACAACCAUUGACGAAAAUAAUCCUGUAGGCGGGGAUCUGCUAUUGGACCAUAUGGAGAAAAACCUUUAUAUAAUGACAUCGACAUUGGUUAUGAAACUGCCCGUUGCUGACUGUACAGUGCACCGCAGUUGUGAGGCCUGUCUCUCUGCACAUGAUCCAUACUGUGGAUGGUGCAUCUUAGAAGGAAGGUGUAGUAGGCAAUCAGAGUGCCGGAGAGCUGCAAAAAGCAACCAGUGGCUUUGGAGUUACAGCAGUGAACAACAGUGUCUGAGCAUCCUGACUCUGAGUCCAGCAAAUAUCAGCAGAGAGGAAAAGAGAAAUGUCUUUCUAGCUGUUCCAAAGCUGCCAGUCUUGCAUGAAGAGGAGUCAUAUUCUUGUUACUUUGAGGACUAUGAAAGCCCUGCUGUGUUGACUGAGGAAGGAGUCACCUGUCCAUCUCCUGAGCCAAGCAAGGUUCCCCCUAUUAAAAGUGGAGAAGAUCAUGUGACGGUUGCUCUUGUGCUGCGUUUUCAGAACAUAUGCAUUACAGCCACAGAUUUCAUUUUCUAUGACUGCAGUGCUGUAAAGCAGCUCUCCAGAAACAUUCCGUGCCGAGGAUGUGUUAGCAGUAAGUGGGGUUGUAAUUGGUGUAUUCAUCAACAUCUCUGUACCCAUAAGCCUACCUGUGAGGAUGGCUCCAUUAUUUACAAUGAAAACUUUUCUGUAGAGAGUCUGGAUACCCAUUUAAUGACCACGAUACCAAGUACCAUAAAUCCAGAAAACACCAUGCCGCCUGCCACUACUGAAGCAAUGCUUGCCACCACUGAAAUGACAGCAGAAGAACCCGUGAUCACUGCUGCACCUACUAUCAUCGUAACAAAACCAGUUGCAACAACAGAAGUGCCCACUGUUUCUUCACCUACCACCACCACACAAGCUGCACUCUUAGAUGAAAGAAGUACUUUGCCAACAGCAGAAUCCCGUGUGUCUGAACCUGCCAGCACCCUUGCAGUUACAACUGAGCAUUUCAUAACCACUUCAAAUGAAAAGACAACUAUAAAUGAAAUGGUUCUACCAUCUUCACAAUUGUCUAAUACAUCAAUGGAGGUUCCACCUACCACUUCUCAGACAUUUGCUUUCUCUACACACCACACAGAUGUGACUGAAGUCACGGACCCUCCAGAUAAUGUUGACACAGCAAUAUUAAAUGUGUCCUUAAACAUCCACACAAGUUUACCAUCUGUCACAAUGUCUGUUGAAACCCCUUCAAAUCCUGAGAUUGAACCAUUACCUUCAGUGGUUCCAGUUACAGUUAUUCCUGAUUGGCUGCCUGAAGAAGGCAUGAAUUUGAAGGAUACGGACUAUUGGCUGGAAGCGGCUCAGUUAGAAAAUGACACAUCAUCAUUCUCCACUUCUGCUGUACUCUCUGGUGAUGGGGAUGCUGAAAAUCAGUCACCUGCUUAUCCUCUCUUGCUCAGUCACAACCUUGAAGAUGAUUACCAGUAUGACUCUCCUGGGCAAAUCUUGGAACCGUGGGAUGAGCCAAUGAGGGGUCCUUCUGCCUGUCCUUGUGUAGAACGUAUCAAGGGAUCAGCGCUGUUACCUGUAAAUGUGGAAAGGAAGCUCACCCUGCUAGGAAAAGGUCUACACCCAUUCCAGGAUAUAGGCUCUGACUACCAGUGUGUGCUGGUCUUGGAGGGUAGAUUGCUGGUGGAGAAUGCAGCUGUUGAGGUGGAUGACACUGACCCAACUUUGUAUUACAUUACCUGCCAUCUGCAACAGCAUACCUAUUCUGUCCCACAACAAGAGUACAGUGCUUUGGUUUAUGUACAGAGAAAUCACACCUUCCGAGUGGAUAGUUCUGAAGAUCUCUAUGUUACUCUGUAUAACUGCUCUGUUGGACGAUCUGACUGUAGCAGAUGUCGGACUGCUGAUCCAAAACAUGUUUGUGUCUGGUGUGCAGGAGACCAAACAAGUUGCAUCUAUAAGGAGUCCUGCAAGGCUCAAAUACAGGAGACCUGCCCUGGACCUGUAAUUAACUCUGUAGACCCACAAUCUGGAUUAUUGGAGGGCGGUACAAUACUUACUAUCUCUGGCUCUAAUCUUGGCCAAAGAUUGCAGGACAUAGCAGAUACUGUAACUGUAGCAGGAAUUCCGUGUGAUGUUGAUGGAAGCAGAUAUGAAAUAUCAACAAGAAUAGUUUGUGUGACAGGCAACAGUGAAGUGGAGCGUUUGGGCCAUGUGUCUGUGGAAGUGAUUGGAAUAGGCCACGGCACCUCUGCACAACCAUUUUACUACCAGAACCCUUCAUUGACUUCCAUCAUGCCAACACAAGGUCCAAAAGCGGGCGGUACAUCCAUUACUUUGAUAGGUUCCAAACUGAGUACAGGACGGCCAAGUGAGAUCAGUGUUUUCAUUGGAGAUGUGCAGUGUCGCAAUUUAGAAAUUCAGGAUAACCAGCUGGAGUGCGUAACAGACCAAAGUAUCAUGUCUGAAGAAUUUGAAGUCUCUCUGAAGUUUGGUGAUCAGAAGAGACGUGUAGAAGGGAUGUUUUACAAAUAUACAGAGAAUCCAAACAUUACUGAAGCAAGGCCUGCCAAAAGUUUUUUGAGUGGUGGUCGUGUGAUCAGAGUAUAUGGGCAAAACCUGGAUGUGGUGCAAAUACCAAAGAUCUUGGUAACGGUUUCUCCAAUAGAGCAAAGGAGGCAGAGACGUUCUGUGGUCCAAAGAGGAUUUAUUAGUUUGAAGAGACAGCGCAGGAUUGUUCCAGAAGCUAGCUGUCCUGAAAAUACCUUGUGUGGCAUUCAGCAGUUUGUUGAGCCAUGUACAGUGAAUUCCUCUUAUCUGAUCCUGUGCAAAACACCUUCUAUUAAUUUGCUGAUGCAUAAUGCGCAGGUUACAGUGGAAUUUAUCCUGGACAAUAUACGCUACGAUUUCAACUCUGUCAGCGCUGAUCUCUUCUCAUAUGAGGUGAAUCCCACUUUGAAGUUUCUGAAUAGUGAUGACAAAUCCAAACCAUAUCAGCACAAACCAGGGAGUGUCAUUUCUGUUGAGGGAGAAAACCUAGAUCUAGCAAUUUCAAAAGAAGAGGUAGUAGCCAUGGUUGGUGAUGGAGUUUGUGUUCUGAAGACCUUGACAAAGAAUCACCUUUAUUGUGAUCCUCCAUUGGACCAGCCAUUGCCCAGGCGUAGGAAAAAUCAAGAAGGACCCAGCAGCUCUCUUCCACAAUUCACAGUUGAGAUGGGAAACCUGCAUUUCCUACUAGGAGAGGUUCAGUAUGACACUGAGGUGAUAUCUUCCUUCCCGCUUGAAGCUCAGAUUGGUCUGGGAGUUGGAGCAUUUAUCGUUGUUCUAAUUGUCUUCGUUAUUGUCCUUAUUUAUAGGAGGAAGAGCAAACAAGCCCUUAGAGAUUACAAAAAAGUACAGAUUCAGCUGGAAAACUUAGAAACUAGUGUUCGAGAUCGCUGCAAGAAGGAAUUCACAGACCUGAUGACUGAGAUGAUGGACUUAACCAGUGAUCUGGUGGGGACAGGAAUUCCUUUCCUGGACUACAAAUCAUAUGCUGAACGGAUAUUUUUCCCAGGACAUCGUGAAUCACCACUUCAGAGAGACCUAGAUAUUCAGGAGUGCCGAAGACCAACAGUAGAGCAGGGACUGGUGCAACUCUCAAACCUACUUAACAGUAAACUAUUCCUCACAAAGUUCAUUCACACAUUGGAGAGCCAACGCACAUUCUCACCUCGGGACCGGGCAUAUGUGGCAUCUCUUCUUACAGUCUCUCUGCAUGGCAAGUUGGAAUAUUUCACAGACAUUCUGAAGACACUCUUGAAUGACUUGCUGGAUCAGUAUGUUGCUAAAAACCCCAAACUUAUGCUUCGACGGACAGAGACAGUAGUGGAGAAGCUGCUGACCAACUGGAUGUCUAUCUGCCUGUAUACUUUUCUAAGGGAUUCUGCCGGAGAGCCUCUGUACAUGCUUUUCCGGAGCAUUAAACACCAAGUGGAUAAGGGUCCUGUUGAUGCAGUAACUGGAAAGGCCAAGUAUACCUUGAAUGACAAUCGUUUGCUUCGUGAAGACAUGGAAUAUCGCAACUUGACAUUGAAUGUCCUGAUGCAAGGUGGAGGAGACAUGCCCUCUGUCCCUGUGAAGGUACUAGAAUGCGACACAAUUUCACAGGUCAAAGAGAAGAUACUGGAUCAGAUUUACAAAGGAACACCCUAUAAUCUUCGUCCACAUGCUGACACUCUUGACCUGGAGUGGAGGUCUGGGGUGGCUGGACAUCUAAUUUUGUCAGAUGAAGAUUUGACAUCUGUUGCUCAGGGUAAUUGGAAACGACUCAACACACUUCAGCACUACAAGGUUCUAGAUGGAGCCACUGUGACCCUUGUCCCUCGACUCAGCAAGCAUAUCCACUCUGAAAAUCAUGACUACAUAGCUGGAGAGAAAACACCAAUGCUUGAGGAUGCUGAUGAAGGUGGUAUUAAGCUGUGGCAUUUGGUGAAAGCAAGUGAGGAACCAGAGCUGCCAAAACACCGCCGAGGCAGUUUGCGGGAGCGGGAACGAGCCAAAGCUAUCCCUGAGAUCUAUUUGACACGGCUGCUGUCCAUGAAGGGCACAUUGCAGAAAUUUGUUGAUGAUCUUUUUCAAGUGAUUCUCAGUACUAGUCGACCUGUUCCCCUGGCUGUGAAGUAUUUUUUUGACCUCUUGGAUGAACAGGCAGAAAGUCAUGGGAUCUCUGAUCCUGAAACCAUUCAUAUCUGGAAAACUAACAGCUUGCCUCUUCGAUUCUGGAUAAACAUUAUCAAAAAUCCUCAGUUCGUUUUUGAUGUCCAGACAUCUGACAAUGUGGAUGCUGUGUUGUCUGUCAUUGCACAAACCUUCAUGGACUCUUGUACAAUUGCUGAGCAUAAGCUUGGACGGGAUUCUCCAAUUAACAAACUCUUAUAUGCCAGAGACAUCCCUCGCUAUAAGCAGAUGGUAGAAAAGUACUAUGCAGAUAUCCGGCAAACUAUCUCUGCCAGCGACCAAGAGAUGAACUCUGCUCUUGCAGAACUUUCUAGGAAUUACUCAGGAGAACUUAACGCUCUUGUGGCUCUCCAUGAGCUCUACAAGUAUAUUAAUAAGUAUUAUGAUCAGAUCAUUACAGCAUUGGAAGAGGACUUGACUGCACAGAAGAUGCAGCUAGGAUACCGACUUCAGCAGAUUGCAGCAGCUGUGGAGAACAAGGUUACGGACUUGUGACAAGAGGAGAGGAUGGGGUCAUAUGGCACAGUGUUGGUGGGGAGACUACACUAAGAAGCAGUUGUCCCUUUGUCAACAGACUUUCUGCUGCAAAUGGCUUCAUUUUAGCACAUAAGCUAUAAUGGCAGAGAUGAACAUAAUGGAUUUAACAGAAUGAUGUUAAUAUUUUUUUUAAUCUAAAACAGAUGUUUUAUGACGUGGCUUUAUUUUCACUAAUUUCUAAUAUGGAGUAUUAGUGCCAUACUGCGAGGGUGUGGAGGCCAGGGGAUUUCUAAUUAAGUUAUUGUUUUUGAGGACUGCUGGAGUUGUUGCUGUGGUCUCUUCUGUUACAUUGUUUCUUGCCAUGAGUGUGUAAAAUGGUACAUUCCAGAGCACUUCUGGGAUGGCUACUAGGAGUGAUUAAGUUUAGAACAAUGCUGAUACAACAGGGAAUAUAUUUUAAGCCAUAUAUGGUACAUGUAUCAGCUGUUCUCACCUAGCUGCCACCAAGCCAUGUACUGUUCAUGUUUUGUUUGUGCAUCAUUUUUUGAUGGCACCUAUGCACAGCUAUGUAGACCAUAUACUUGCUCACAUUCUAAGUUUAAUACCACCAAACAUCUGUGCUUUACUUGCUGUGGUGGUAUAGGACAAAGACCAGCAAUGAGAGGCAAGUUUUUUUUUUUUCAGGACAUGAAAAUAGCUGUCAUUUAGAAGUCUGCCCUUUGGUAUUAACCAGUACAUCCAUAUUUGUCAUUAUUUAGUAAAGCACGAUUAAAAUGUACUUUGUUAUAUUCAGACCUCUGCUGUCUCUAAUGAGAUUGUAGCUUGGUAAAAUAAUGCACUGUGUGAAUUUGUAAAUUAUGUCAAGACUCUGUUAAGAAGCUGGAGCAUGUUCUUUUGACCUUUAUUAGCUGAUGCCAUGAUUAGAGAUAACUGUCAUGAUGUGUAUUAAUUUACAGUUAUUAGAUGUUAUUAAAAACAUCUAGCCUUUUAUUCACAUUUUUCUGUAUGGAAUUUGCUACUGCCAGGUUUGCAUCACUGAUGUUGCACAGUACUGCUGCUUCAGUAGUAGGUUCAGAUAGGCACACUUGCUUCAGGCUUCAUUAAAAAUCUUAUCUGUUCUUCACGCAUUGCGAGAAUGGUGUACUAGGCAUGUCAGUGUAGGAAGUGUUGCUCAAUCCUUGGCAAACAGCUGCUAAACAUUACUUAUACAGUAUUUUAAUAUUGUUUUAUUUAUUAGUAAAUAGACUUUAUGAAAUGUAUUGUGUAAUUUUUAAAAUAGAAGUGUUAUAGACCUUAAUACAUUUGACUGACUGCCCCCCCCCCUUGUGUUAUAUUCAUAGUUUGUAAACCACAGGAUAAAAACAAACAUUUUGUGCAUAAAUUGAUUGUACACUGCGCAUUCUUUUUUAGCCUAGGUAAGUCAUUCUGGUGACAUUGACUAAAAACAGGACAGGCAUGCCCUCCAUGCACGUACACACACAAACACACUAGAAAACACCAGUUGGAAGCUCUCAUUUGCAGCAAAGCACAUUGAGAACUAAAAACUGUCCAAACAUUACUGUAAGAAAAAGGUUGUGUUGUAGAAAGUACCAUGACAGUACUCAUCUCUAGAAACAUAAGUUGCUUUGCAUAAUUUCUUAGAAUCCACCACCUUACUUGAUUUUAUAAUUCUUCACGUCUUGAUGCUAAUUACCUGGCUGUUUAAUUAGAAAACAUAGUCUGCUUUGCUUGAUUAGACAGUCACUAUUCAUAUCAUAAACAGCAAUAGCUUUGUAAUCAUCCUCCUGCUUGAGCAGUCAGCUGUCUUUUUUCCUCAUCUUAACAGCUAACUGCCAUUGUGGGGAGCAGGAUCCAAAUAGUGUGUGGCCUUUGUUUGGGUGGGUAGGAUAGUUUUGCUAUAACCUGUCCCUCAGAUAGCAGUGAGUGCCCUUGUAGAACAGAGUAUGUAUUUUUGGUGCUUUUGUGCUCCCACACACACACAGUGAUUCCCAACUAUGUUGGUAUGAGCUACUUGGCAGGCCAGAGAGCCAACAGCCACUCGGCCCAUUUCAUCCCUCUAUCCCACUGGCUUCUCAAGUGCCUGGGCUGCUGAUUGAAUGGAGCUAAGCUGGGGCAUACUCUGGAUUCAUCCUUCUGUGCCACAGAGCCAGUGCAGCAGUAUCCAAAAUUGUAUUUGGUGUGCAUUAUACACACAAAAGUGUACACUGAUCUCAAGUUUCUUUUCCUGAUCUGCAGCAGAAAAAGUCUUCCUCACUGAUUUAUUCUGGCAGUACUAAGAACAGUGCUUCAGCUGCAACAAUGGGUCUUCAACAAGGAGUUCCGAGUGUUUUAAAGUUAGUACUUGUAAAGUACAGAUGGCUUACCUGAUAUGCAAAGCAGCCAGUUAACUAAUUAUUAUAGUUACUGUUAAUCAAAGUAGAUUUAGGAUAGUAGUUUGCAAGAAUAAUGAAGCAGAAUGUGUUGAUAAUGUGCUAUGAAGUAAAAUGUUUCAAAAAGGUAGUGCCUAUGGUACAUAUAGAUGCUGUGUUCUCUUUUUUAUGUUUGUACAUUUGUUACCACAGUGGGUUAGUUAACUAUUUUGCUUGUUUUAGUGAGGCUAUAUUAGUUUUAACUGUAUAUAAAUCCUGCUUUUGUCUUGUUAGUCUGUUGAUUGCUAAGUGUUGAAGUUGAAAUUCUGAGCUGCUUUGUGCUUCUACAGUGAGAAACUGUAGCAAACUGAUGUUCUUCAUUAGAUCACUGUUGCAGUAAUCUUUACAGAUGGGACGUAGUCUACUAAACUUCAGGCACCUUGCUCAUGCACCAUGCAUUUGCCUUUAGCACAAGUGGACAUGUCAGUAUCAUGGGCAUUCAGAAUCGCCAAUUAGCUGAAACACCUGAUGUUCAUAAGGAUCAUUUGCAUAUAUCUUAUGUGCCUCUGAUACAAGAGGUUUGGGAGGUCACUCGGAAGUUCUAGCUUUGCUGGAGUUUUCAUUUUGUUAUAACAAGGACAUACAGACAAACCAGAAGUCAAAGCUUUCUUGCUUUAUAGUUCACUAAUGCAGACAUUUAGUAAUUUGUAUGGUCAGCUUCAGCACAAUGUUUUUAGACAGGUAAGUACCUAUUUGGGCACCUUUCCUAUUUCUUUACACCUUUUGUGUGAAACAUUUUAUGUCUGCCAGAAAAGGAAAGUGACACUGUGAGCACCAUGUACUAUACAAGGACACCCACUGUAGUCCUUAGUUUUGCUUAGGCCUGAAAAUGACGUAAAACAGGUUCAUAGAUAGUUACUAGGUAUGCAAUCCAGGAAACCUUUAAGAAGUCCAGCCUAAUUUCCCAACUGUCACAGAGUACUGUUUGGUGAAGUGAUUUUUUUCAAGGUCACAUAGGCAGGUGAAAUCUGAGGGAAUUGCCAAAGUAUAUAGUAUUUGUCAGCCAUUCACUUCUAAGACUGUUGGAAGUAGGCUUAACUCCCUUUACCCUUAACCUUGAAAGCAAAUGUCUUCAGGACUUGGCACAUGUGGCUUUGGCAUCAUCUUCUUUUUCUGCAGACCUCCCCCUUCAGGUAAAAAAGAAAAUCUUUGAGAGAGGUGAUUGAUAACUAAAUGUCGUCCUCUUUCUUUUGACCUGAAACUGACAACUUUACCAAGGCAUGUUCACAGCCACAGGACUAUCUGUCUGUCUCUCCUAGCCCUCUAGCAUGUCCUCUUUGGAGGCUAUGACCCGUGAUGAUUGAAUGUCCAGUUAGACUGAAUUUUUGGCUGAGACAGCUGAGAUGGGAGAGCUAGUAAUAAUUUUAUCUGGCGGUGAGUGAGUUGCUUACCAGUUUUCAGUCAGGGAAGUAAGUCCAUGGCUUCAACUCUGAAGACCAUGCAUCUGAACUCCCCUAGGAAAGAUACUUAGAAAACCAAACACAUCUCCUCUACCCAAUCCAGUCAGAAAGGCAACAAAGAAGAAUGGUAUAACUUUGUACAGGGUCUGUUUAAAGCUCCAGUCUUUUCUACCUGCAUCCUCUUCCCCUGCUUCUGUCCCUGUUAGAAGGGAGAGACUCCUCUCUUUGUCAGAUGAAGAAUUUUAAGACUGACCAUGAAGGGCUUGAUUGUCUCUUUCAGAUUCGCACUUCAACUGGAUGUAAAUCUGAGGCACAGAACACAUGAGGGCAUUUUUGGGGGGACACUGUUGCAAAAAUAAAAAUAUUUUUUUUACCCCAAAUAGAAGGAUAAAGAAAUUUCUGACCGUCAGAACAGGUAAUAUGAACUGUUGAACAAGGAUACCCAUAAGCCUAUUGCUAUAUACAUCCAGUUUUAGGGGUUCUAUAAGAUGCCUUUUCUAAUGCUUCAAUGUCUUCAGACUUUCAGCUUCCAGUACCUAAGAAGCCAGACAGGUUGUUAUAGGGUACCUGAUAAACAUGACCUCUUUAUAAAAAUUCCAAUCCUGAUGCCAUUUCCUUGAAUGCUGACAAAGGUACUAAUAACAUUUCCGUCUUCUAAUCCAGUCUCUAGUGAUAAGGACAGCAGAGCUCUUGUUAAGUAUAUCAAAAAGAUUAUAUACAUCUUCCACCAUAGCUUUGAGCCAAUAAUUACCAAACCCACACUUCAAAGUUCAUUUUUGAAUCUAUUUUGAGCAAGAUGGGGGCAAAUCUUGGCUGAUCACCCAAACUCUGACUUGAAAUCUAUUGUUAUGGACAUGUCUAGUUCUGUCUUUUAGGUAACUAAACCCACAGUUAAAUGUGGGUGUGAUGCUGUGGAUGCUGCUUCUAGAGCUGCAAAUGAUACUGUUAUAAGAAUGUACACUUGGAUAUGAUUACAGCCAUUCCCUGUGUAUAUUAAAGUUCAAUUGUUACAUGUCCCUCUUGACAAGGACUUGCAGUUUGGCAACAUUUUUGCUGAAGUUUUCAAGAAGCUUGAUGAAAGAGGGAGUUAAAAAAACUUUUCUUAUCUCCAGCUCCUAAAUUUCAGAAGAACUGCCCUUCAAUCCAGUUAUUUUUGUAAAUCUUUCAAAUCUGGUCAGCAGCAGUAUGGGAAAGAACAUUUCAAAAGAAAGUGGCAGGAGUACUCUUAAAAAAAAUCUAAUGGUUCCCGGUAUCCAACUCCCAAAGAAAAAAAAAUUCUGACGAUUUUUGCCACAUAUCCUAACCCAACUCCCCAUCAUAUCCUUCUACAGAAAAUUACAGGGAAUCUUUCUCUUUGCCUUCUUGCAUGGAAAUCAAUAAACUCAGACUUUUUAGUUGUAAAUAUUGUAUAACAAGGCUACCAACUUCAGUGGGCAUCCCUUACCAUUCCAGCAUUUUUCACCCCCUCCCCCCCAAAAAAAAUCAUGUAAUCAAUCACCUAUGAUGGAAAAACAACUCCAUCUUAUUCCCCUCAACACCAUAUCUUUUUAAGGUAUAUUGCUUCAGAGGGUCAUAGAACCAGUGUUCUUAGGUCAACAGGGACAAUGGUUUUACUCAAGACUUUUCCUAUUUCCCAGGAAAGAGAGAACCUAGAGAUAUAUUCUAGAUAUAUCCAGUCUGAACACCUUCUUGCUCGGUCCAGAAUUCAAAAUGAUGAUUCUUCCAACCCUCUUCCCUCUUUUUCCAGUCCUGGUCACACUAGAUCUAAAGGAUGCUUGCUUACAUAAUCCCAUACACAAAAAACACAGUUUAUUUUAAGUUUCUUUGUGAUAGGAUUGCACUAUCAAUUUACUUAUUUGCCCUUUGGACAUUCUACUACUUCAAAAGUCUUUAUCAGAUACCUUACUCCAGUGAUAUCCUAUUGCAGGCUUCAAAGCAUUUAUAUCUUAACUUAGCUGGAUGAUUGCCUAAUUCACUGUGAACCAGUCAUGAGUCCAACACAUUUGCAGUGUGCAAACAGUCAUUUUUACAACGUGAGUGUCACACUAAACCAGAAAAAAAAUCCCUGAUUAUUGUUCAUAUAUUGUUUUUCUGGCUUGUCUUCUAGACAUCUACCCAUUGACUUUAUUUAUUCUCCCAGAAGAGAGAGACACUUGUCAUCAACACUUCCCUAGUCUUUUACAGCAGAAAAUGUCCACUGCAAGAGAAUUUGUAUGAUUCCUCAUGCCAGACUUCACACAUGAAUGAUCCAGUGGUUUCUCAAAUGUAUUUGGACCCAACACUCACUCUCUGUAUUUCCCUGUUCCAAUUCUCAACUUUGUAAAGAAAGAACUCAUUUGGUGGGCCAAACAAGUGCUAUACAACUCAGGUGUGCCUUUCUGAUCUCCCAUCCCUGAUUCAGACAGGGGUCACAAGUGCUUCCAACUUUGUUUGGGAGGCUGUUUCUCAGUGUGUCAUGGUGCAGAGAAUUUUGGAACCAUAACACAGGCCAAAAACACAUCAACCUGAAAGAAAUGAUACUUUUGAUAAGUGCUGUGAAAGCUCUGAAUCAACUUUGGUCUCCAAGCACUCUUUUAAUAGUAACAAAGAACACCACUAAUAAUGUUGUACAUAAACAGGGAAAAACAAGAUCGUACCUUCCUUUACAUGUUGCCUGUGAUUACCUGGGGCAUAGCAGUUCAUCACAGCUUUUUUCUUUGUUCUCCUUGUACCUCAUUGCAUUGGUCAAGUUGGCAGUGCCCCACCUCCACACCACAUCUACCAGCCAUCAUUUUACCCUCCCCAAGCCAGUUGUGGAUCCUAAGGACAUCCUGGGGGUAGACUCUGCCAUCUUUGUUUCUGUCCCAGGUGUGGGGGGGGGGUAAUAUGCUCUACUUGCUCCCUUUCUAUUACCCUGUGCUCGUUGACUACAUCUAAGGGCAACCCCCCUCUUUGAACUAUGCCUUCUUUAGCAUCAUCAGUUAGCACCCUUCCACCCAGGAUGGGCAUGACAAUCCCUCCUUUUUGCUCAGUCAUUUGCCUGAGCCACUUAUUGUACCCGGGUCAUCUGGGCCCUUAUCCCUCUACACCAGUGGAGCAGCCAUCACAGCUUAUUUCUUGAGGCAGCUUACAUUAAUCUAAAUAUCCAAAAUCUAAAUCUGUGUGAAUGACAGUUUUUUUUUGUUUUUUUUUUAUCCCUUUCAGUCACUUUUGUAUCUGAAGACAUGCAACAAGUAAUAAAGAAUAAGAAAGCCUACUAUUAGAAAAUGUUAUUUUCUACAUGAAAUAUCUGCAAGAUAGAAGGCAGGACAUAUAUAAAACAAGGGGCCCUUAGUUCUCCAGUACUUGUAUGAAUUGUUUAAUUCUGGCCUUGCAUACUUUUCAAUAAAAGUACACUUUUGGUCAUUUCCACCUAUAUGACACUGGAUCCAUUCUUCUUCUUAUUUCAAGUUAAGCAGUUCCUAAAGAGGUUUUAUCUAGUGGACCACCAAAAAAAUGAAGCUUCAUCUUGGGAUUUAAAUUGUAUUUUGGAAAAGUUAACUUAACCUCCUUUUGAACUUUCAGCCAACCUCUUCCUCAAAUUUCCAACCUGGAAGACUACUUUCUGGUAGAUUUUAACCCCUGCUAGAUGGGUUUCUGAAUUACAAGCUCUUAAGUUUAUUCAACCUUUUUUGGUCUUUCACAAGGACUGCUGAGAGUCUUGGAACCAAUCCUAUAUUUAUGCUUAAAGUAGAUGUUGACUUUACUCUUGGUCAAACUGUCCAGCUCCCUGAUUUCUGUCUUUCUCCACAAAACAGAGAGAAACUUCUUAACUGCCUGGAUGUGCAUGGACAGGUGAGAUUUUACCUGGACAAAACUAAAGUGUUCAGAAUGUUUUUAAUCAACUUUGUUAAGAUGACAAGAAAGAGGGGCAGCCAGUUUCUAAACUCGCACUGUAUGACUUUCCCUCUUCAUUCAGUUCUGGUACUUGGCAGAAAUCCUCAAAAGAAUGUAAAGACUCAUUCUGCUAGGGCAGUUGCUGCAUAUGUGGCUUUCUGGAAGGAUAUGGACUUUAGAUCCAUUUGGAAGCAGAUACUUGGUUCCUGCUUCAUACAUUUACCAAACUUUACAAACUGGAUGUUGUGACUGGGUUCACUGGAGCUGUGCAUCAUGGCAUUCUGGACUUUUGACUCAACUCUGUUCAUCUUCUGUUCUUAAGCUUUGGUCAUCGUCCCAUCUGUAAGGAUUACUACAAUUAUCUUUCACAGUACAGUUGUGUAGUUUCUGAUGAAGUCUUCUGUAAGAAGAUGAAAGCUCUUAAUCAUGCUAUGUAAUUCUGCUGUUGUAAACAUUUGUUUUGGGUUAUUAAAGAUCUACAUUCUAUGGUUUGAGCCAGUGGUCCCUUUGUUACACUAUUGUGUAUUCAUUUGAGGAGGGACAGCCUUUAUAGGAACUCUGCUUGCCAGGAAUGUGUGGUUUACAGUUGUAUAGUUAACUUACCUCAACAGUAGAUGUUUAAACAGAUCACUGUUGCAGUACAACACUCCCUCCUCCUGAAUAUUUUCAUCCCUGGCCAAUAUAGAGUAUCUUCCUUUUCUUUAUGACAAGACUUUUGACGUAGAGCAAUAGGCUUCAACAUCCCAUUCUAGGGACAAAACUAUGUCAUUUAAAUCUGUGUGACCUCUUAUAUUUGCACAUCCACUGGUGCUAAAGGUGGAGACGCAAGGAAGGUGCCUGAAGCUUUGUAGACUGGCCAAAUGUAAAAUAUCCUUGGCAGGAUAUGUCCCAUCUGUAUGGAGUACAGCAACAGUGAAUGGUAGUGAACAUCUACAGUUAUGGUAAGUUAACUACACACCUAUACUGUUUUACAUCUGCAUUUUGCAAGAGGAGCAGUUCAUCCAUCUUUUGAGUUUAUUUUUCUUGUUUUAUUAUUUUGGUCUGAAUGGAAAAGUGUAUGCAGUGAAUUAAUUUGGUAAUGCAGUCACUGUUGCACACUGUAUUUUACAUAAGGAAGCUCAGCUGCUCAAGAAGUUUAUUUGCAACCAGUUUCAUAAUGCUCAUAUUGGUAGGAGGUAAAUACUGUCUGAACUGAGUUAGGUUGAUUAAACAUGCAUCAUUUCCACCAAUGUUGCAUCACAAAAGUGAACAUUUCAGAAGUUACUUGAACAUAGCUGUCUGAAUGCCAUUACUUUUACAUUUUUAGUUCAAUUGAUAGAAGUAAAACUGAACCAACAGAGAAAGACAGAAAGCACCAUUUGCAAAACUACCUGCAGGUUCUUUAUAUGGCUUAUUAUAUAUUUUUGGACAAGUCACAUGACCUUCAUUGUUAAUUGUAUCACUGUUGGCAGUCCUUGUUAAAUACAUCAUUGAAAACUACCAUGUCACACUGGGUUUCACUGCCUGUUUAUGCUGUAACAGUGUUUUCACUGCCCAUCUACUUUUCUGCCAUAUCUACUGUGUGCAUCUGGAUGGGUACUUAGAUUUUCAAUGAUCUGUAGCUGUAGGUGGAGGUCAUAGCUUCAGUACCAGUGUGAACUGGAUCUGUAUAUAGUAUUGAAAAAGAAUAUUUAUAAACAAAAGUGAUUUUUUUUGAAAAGGCAGUUCAUUCUUUGUAAAGAACUUCAUAUUGCCAUUACUUCAAUGUGGGAAUAAAAGAAUAGGUCUUGCAGAAACUGUAUAUGAGUGAAGUAAAGUGAUGGCAUAGAAUCUUAUUGUAAUGUAAUAUAUAUGAGAUAUAGGAAAUGGAGCUCCUAGAUUGCCUGGAGCAGAGUCCCAGCUUAGUACAGAGUCAGGUGAUAUGUGUGUGGUACUGUUAACCACCACUUUUGAAGAUGUCCCUGUAAAUUCCUACACAUCUGUUUAAUGUAGAUAUUGAAGAACUUCCAACAGAUUAAGUCUAAUAAACUAUAACAUGUCAAACAUGUAGUGACUUUAUCAUCUAA